GUUGAAGUAAAACUUUUGCCACGUGUCAAGUUACGACUACAUUACCGACUGAUAAAUUGUGUCGACCACUACGGUCACGUUACGGUGGUAUGGGAGACGUUCAGAUAGUAUAAAAGAGCAGGGAGCGAUGCAACAGUCCGGCUUCUGAGGGCAUCGUCGUUAGAUCAGUUGGGAUUAUUGGUAUUGUUUUUCGCCUGAUAGACAAUACGAAUUAUCCUGCAAUGGCCCUCAGCCAAACUAGUGUGUUGAGACUAUACAACACUGUGAUAGAUGAUGUAAUAGGUGGAGUUCGAGAAGCGUUUUCAGAUGAAGGUGUAGAUGAACAAGUAUUAUUAGAACUGAAACAAAUUUGGGAAACAAAAUUAAUGUCAAGUAAAGCAGUGGAAUUAAAUCCAGAACCACAAGAACCACAAGUUCCUCAGCUAAAUACACAUAAAUCUGUGCCUGGUAGCAAAGUUUCACAACAAUCGCAGCAGCAACAACAACAACAACAACCAACACCGCAGCAAUCACAACCGCAACAACAGCAGCAGCAACAUCAACAGCCGCAACAAUCACAGCAACAUCAACAACAACCAUCACAGCAACAAACAUCACAUUCUUCAAGUACACCAUUACAACACCAAAAUGCACCGGUGCAACAAGUGGUGACGACUACUCCACCUGCGGUACUUGAUAGACAAGUGCCAAUUCAAAUUACUUUACCACCACAACCUGGUUCACGUGAUUCUCAGCAACGUAUAUUAACUAUACAAGUUCCUGCAUCUGCGAUUCAAGGCAACCAACUUCACACUAUUUUAACUGGUCCUAUAAUUAGUGCUGCAAUGGGUUUGCCAGCUGAUGUAGCUGGAACAUUAUUACAACAGCAUGUAAAUUCUACUUUUCUGGGUCAUCCUACAUUGUCACCAAUUCAGGUUAAUCAACCCUUACAAGUUGUAACGCAAAACACAAAUAAUGUUGUUUCACAACGAUCUGUUCAAGGUCAACAAAAUAACAUAGCCCAAUUAGAUGGAGCAUUAGGUGAUUCCUCAGAUGAAGACGAAGAAGAAGAGGAAGAGGAUAACGAUGAUGACGAUGAGGAUCUUGAUGACAAGGAAGAAGAGGAAAAUGAUGAAGCCACUGCACGAGAAGAGGAACCAUUAAAUUCUGAAGAUGAUGUAACGGAUGAUGACCCUUCUGACCUAUUUGAUACAGACAAUGUAGUUGUUUGUCAAUAUGAUAAAAUUACAAGGAGUAGAAACAAAUGGAAAUUUUAUCUUAAGGAUGGCAUAAUGAACUUAAGUGGGAAGGAUUAUGUGUUCCAAAAGGCAAAUGGAGAUGCUGAAUGGUAGAUUUGAAGAUGAUGUGAAUAUUGUGUUGUCCAGUUUUAUUUUUAACAGACUUUAUAAAAGGACAGCUUGGUAAUGUGUUCAUGUGACGUUGUGCUUGAUGGACAACAUUAAGCUGUAAACAUUCUAUAAUGAGGCAGUAAACCACAUAAUAAUACUAUUAUAUCUAAAAUUAAAGUGGUUAAACUCUCUGAGAAAGUAAAAAAUCUAGAUUUUAUAUCUUUUAUAUUUUAAUAUUUUAGUAAUUAUCAAAGUUAAUAUAA